AUGAAUAUUGAAAAACUCUCGCGAAUUGGUGUUGGGAUGUAUCGGAUGUGUAUCGGAAAUGUGGAAAAUGAAAAGGCGUUGAUGAAAGCUCUAACGAAAAAUCCGGAUGGAACUGAUAUCAACGUGAUCGAUACCUCGGCGAAUUAUUGUGAUGGCGACAGUGAAAGAUUGAUUGGGAAAUUUCUAUCAUCUCGUAACAAAGAUUGUUUGAGUCGUGCUGACCUAUGUCUAGCAUCGAAGUUUGGCUACAUUCAAGGAGAAAAUCUUGCGUUGUAUCAUAACGGAGCGUUUAAGACCAAAUACUUGGAUAUUCUAUUUAUUCACAAUCCCGAAUACUUUCUCAUCCACAACAUUAACUGUUCCGACGAAGCAAAAGUCAAAGGAUUUCAAAAACUGAUGUUGGAAAGAAUUGGUCAAACUUUUGAAGCAAUGGAGGAGGUUUUAAAAUCGGGACUGAUUCGCUCUUACGGCAUUAGCUCAAAUAGCUUUUCUAUAUCACAUGACGACAACCACUUUCUUCCAUAUGAAAGUUUGAUUGACAUUGCCAAGGUUGCAGCUAAGCGCGUUCGAGGGACCGAGAAACACGGAUUCUCUGCAGUGCAGAUGCCUGGUAAUUUACUGGAACAAACCGGAUUGAAGACCACCGCAAAAUGGGCCCAGGCAAACGGGUUAAAGGUUUUCAUAAACAGGCCGUUUAAUGCCUUCAAUAACGAUGGUUCAUUUCGCUUGGCCAGCUAUCCGAAGCCUCCCUAUGAUCAUAUUAAGCAAAUCACCCUGACCAAUUUGGAAACUAAAAUCAAGGAUGAAGGAGGAAUGAAAACUCCUUUUCAUUUUAUUCUCGAUUUAGUUAAGCAACUAGAUAACCAACUCCCCGACAUUAAAAGCGUGUUCGACUGGGAAUCUUACCGCCAAUCUGUCAAUGCUACUCUGAGACAAUUUCGCGGGAGUUCGGAUGUUAACUCGAUACUGCAACCUUUUUUGGACACGUUUGAUGCCGAAGUUAGAUAUCGCGGAUCCCAACAAGUUAGAAAAUAUUUAAUCGAAUGUCAGGGAUUCAACGCGUUGGCAAAAAAUGAAAAUUUGACCAUCGAAGAGUUUUCCUUGCAAUUUUUGUUAGAAAGUGGUGUGGUUGACGUCGUAUUGAUGGGCAUGACUCGCGAGGCAUAUGUUGAAUUCGCGAAGAGAAUGCUUCGAUCAACUCUAUAG